AUGGCUCAACAUAGCAAUUUAUGCAGUUUGUAUUUGCUUGGUUCGCUGCCGCCUGCCAACAAGCUCUCCAGUUUGCUUCCAUCAUACCUCAGGAAACUCACAUUGUCCAUGUUAAAGUUGGAGGAAGAUACGAUGCCAGUGCUGGGGCAGUUGCAAGACUUGAGCAUCCUUAGGCUUUUUGCUGAUUCGUACAUGGGACCUCGGAUGACAUGUGUCAGCGGCGGAUUCCCUAAGUUACGCAUAUUGAAACUGUGGAUGCUUGAGAAACUCAAGCACUGGACCGUGCAGGACGGGGCUAUGCCUCUCCUUCAAGAACUAGAAAUCAGGCGAUGUGACCAAUUGGAGAAUUCAGAUGGACUUCAGCAAUUGCCAAACCUGAACGAAGUUGUCUUAACCAAUAUGCCGCAGAGUUUUGUAGAGAAACUCAGGGGGAGCAGUGGGAAUAAUGUGUUUGUCAAAGUGAAUAAUUGGGAAUUCUCUCGUUAUCAGGGCAAAUGAACUGUCGGGGACGCAAGUGUUUAGGAUGAAACAUGGUCUGCAGAAGUAAAUGUCAAUCCUAUGUAAUGAAGAAUCUUCCUACCUGAGGAGAUGUGUGAGUGCGGCGAGAGCCUGGUGUGAGUGCGGUGUGAGUUGAGUGUGCCAUGGU